AUGCGGCCGCGCGCGCACGCGGCUCCGGGCGGCGGCGCGGGCUGCGGGCCUCCCGGCCCGGGGCCUCCCCGGCCGCCUCCCCGGCUCGCGCCUCGGCCAGCGCGCCUAGCCGCCCACCGUCCGUCGCCCGCCGCCCCUGCCGUUCCCGGCGCCGUGGCUUCCGUCCAGCCCUUCCUUCUGGGCCAGCCGCGCGAGCUGCCGCGCCUCGGGGAGAGGGGCGGCCCCGGGCGCUUUGUGGACGCGCUCGGCGCUUUCUCUUCCCCUCGGUGCUCACCUAGACCAAGAAAUGAGGAGAAACUCGUAAAGAAUAAUAAUGUAGAUGGAAAUACACCGGCAAAUGAGGCCUCUGAAGACUCGACAUUUUCAUAUGCUUUCCUUAAAAUUUGA